ACGUGAAACUGGAUGCGAGUUCCCCGGUGUAGCAGGAAGAAAGAGAGGGGAAAACGUAUCGUGCGCCCCUUAGAAUCUCGGUGGAGAGCGAAAGAGGCAGGCGUGACCCAACUUCCCCUGCUUCAGUUACCCCUAGGGACGCAGAGGGGUAAGGAGGACCUCUUACACGUCCCUCUCAUAGUACAAUGACUCGGAGCUCUAUACACCGGCAAGGGCUUAGCUCUCCUCUGCUUAGAUAACAACUGCAGCCCUCCAGCGACGUCGCGAGGACAGCCAGAUCGAAAGGACGACGAGUUCCCCCGGGUGAGGAGACUACGACAAAUGUCGCUGAAUGUCCUUAGAGUAGAAAUCAUCUUUAAUACUUGAUCGUGGAAGCAGCCAGGCUGAAAGGGAAGGCGAAGGGAUAAAAGUGGAUGUUCGGAAAAAGGAUAAGAAAGGGCAAAUAAAAGGAGGGAAACCCCAAAGGAAAGUUUUUUUUGUGUGUGUGUGUGUUUUGACGGAGAUAAAACAGCUCGGGUAUCGUGGCUCAGUGACCCCGAAAAAAUAUAUCCGCCUACGGAAAGAUAUAUAGAAAAGAGCAGAAGAGAAAGACAGAGAGAGAGAGAGAGCGAAAGAGCCACGGGAAGGCGCUCUUUCAAGCAAGAUAAAUAAUGAACAAAGUCUUGGCAACGAUUCCAAAAAAGAUCAGCGAAAACUCCUCCUCCUCCUUCUCCUCGUCUUCUUCUUCUUCUUCCUCCUCCUCCUCCUACGCCUCCUCCUCCUCCUCCUCCUUUUCCUCCUUUCCUCUCGUCUCUUCUUCCCCCUUCUCCCUCCUCCUCCUCCUCCUCCGCCUCGUCCCAUGACGUUUGAAAUCUCGUGCGUUGGUCAGGUUCCAUUGCCAUUGACUCUGACGGUCGAAGUGUCUCGUCGUCUAUACGGAUCGCGAAAAAUGAAACCAAAAUAAGAGAGAAAAUAAAGAAAAUAAAGCGAGGAAGGGGACCGCCAAGCAAAGGGAUUCUAAGUCACCGCUCAAGCAAGCACCUGGGAGUCAAGGCUGCCAUUAACUCCACCAACCCGACUUCAGUCGACGACCAUCUCUACAAACCGCCGCUCGAGGGCACUCGAGCACCAAGAUAGUCUGCCAGCGCCGACCACAAGGAAACAAGUCCGUUUUUUCGAAAGAUGGUCUAAACCAUAGACAUUUACAGGAUGGGCGGUGACCUUAGCAGCGCGGGCGGUGCCAUCGCUACCUGGAGGAGCGGGGCGACGGGCUCCAUGGGCGUCUGGAGAAUCCUGCUGAUCGUGGCGACGAUCCUCUCACUCUUCUGCGGCGUGACGCUAGGGAAGAAUAGAAGGAGUGAUAUAUCUAGUGCUAACGUGAGGGUCAGGGAAAAGCAAAUUAUAGACGAGAUCAUUGGGCCCAAAAACUACGACAAACGAAUCAGGCCGGCAGGGGCGAAUGACACAGGGCCUGCGGUCGUCCAUAUCAACAUCAUGAUCAGGAAUGUACAGACGAUAUCAGAUGUCAAGAUGGAAUACAGCAUUCAGAUCACCUUCCGUGAACAAUGGCUCGACCAUCGACUCACCUUUGACAACAUGGAAGGGCGGAUCCAGUACCUGACCUUGACGGAGACCGACAUGGUCUGGAUGCCUGACUUGUUCUUCAAGAACGAGAAGGAAGGUCACUUCCACAAGAUCAUCUUGCCCAAUUUGUAUAUCCGUAUCUACCCAGACGGCGGCGUCCUGUACAGUAUCCGAAUCUCGUUGACUUUGUCUUGCCCGAUGGACCUGAAGCUCUUCCCCCUCGAUCGACAGCAGUGUCAACUCCUUAUGGCUUCCUACGGCUGGACGACAGAGGACUUGGUGUUCCUCUGGAAGGACGUCGAACCCGUGCAGGUCACAAAGAACCUACACCUACCACGUUUCACGCUGGAAAAAUUCAUCACCGAUUACUGCAACAGCAAGACCAAUACUGGUGAAUACUCGUGUUUGCUGGUGGCCCUGAUCUUCAAGCGGGAGUUCUCGUACUACCUGAUCCAGUACUACGUGCCCUGCUGCAUGUUGGUGAUCGUGUCCUGGGUGUCCUUUUGGCUUGACCAGAACGCCGUUCCCGCCCGCGUCGCCCUCGGGGUCACCACGCUGCUGACCAUGUCGACGCAGACCUCCUCCAUCAACCAGUCGCUGCCCCCCGUGUCCUACACCAAGGCCAUCGACGUGUGGACGGGCGUCUGCCUGACCUUCGUCUUCGGAGCGCUGCUCGAGUUCGCCCUCGUCAACUACGCCUCCAGGUCGGACAAGCACCGGGAGAAACUAAAGGAGAAGCUGAAGGAGCAGAAGAAGCAGUGGGAGAUGGAGCACGCAGCCGCCCUGGAGGCCGCCAUGCAAGAGCAAGCCGAGGACGGCCACACCUUCGCUAUGCCGGCGUCACCACCUCGCCCCUGCCGGUUCAUGGACCUGCUAAUCGCUAAGACGAAGCCGCUGGUGUCACGCCACAACGGAGGGAUGGGAGGCGAGAAGGGAAGACACUGCGAGAUCCACGUCCAGACGCAGCGGAAAAACUGCUGUCGCACCUGGCUCUCCAAGUUCCCCACCAGAAGUAAGAGGAUCGACGUCAUCUCCAGGAUCACCUUCCCCCUGGUGUUCGCCUUCUUCAACAUGGCCUACUGGAGCACCUAUCUCUUCACCGAGGAAGAAGAGGACGGGCCCAAAUAAGCGGUUUCGUUCUGGGGAAUUUGCUGUGAGUUGGCGUUACGGGGAACGUGCACCGGAACAGAAGGCAAUCGGUCCCUAACACAUUUGUUAACAGCUGCCUACGGUGUUAGCUAGGGAGCGGCUCUAAAGGUAUUUCCUUUAAGGAAUCCUCAAGUGAUUGCAUCAUCAACUCCUAAGGCGAACGCAAGUUAUAACAGAAGAAGCUCAGUCUGGAUACGGCAGCUGGUGGAGGGAAGCUUCCACGAGUGAUAAUGCAUAAUAUAUAUAAAUAUAUAUAUAUGAAAUUGCUAAAAGACGCGCCAGAAAAUAAGGAUAAAUAGAAAUAGGCAAAUCUUACAGAUUCCUGUAUCGCUUCCUCGUCUGCAGAUGUUAAUGAUGAUGAAAACACGCCGAUAACUUCGAGUUUAAAAGGAAAAAGCUGAAAAGAAAGCUUAGUGUUCGUUCUACAUUCCAACGACUUCUGUAAUGUUAGGCGCGCUGCUGAAAUGAUAUUAUAAUAGUGUGCAGUUUUAGAAUUUAUGUGGAAGAAAAAUCGCUUGUGAGAGAGAGAAAAAAGUAAUGUUUCUCUAAUUCUUUUUUUUAAACACUUUUCAUUACCAUACUUGUAGGUAAUAAGAUUUACAAACACGCAAUAAUAUUAAUAGUAACGAUAUCUGCAUAGUGUAAGUAAGAUUCGCGAGCUUUUUGCCUAGUCACACGAACUCCAGUACAGUAUUCAUUUUCCACUAUGGCUUCGGAGGGCUUCGAAGUGAGCGAAGGACAAUUUGGAAAGUCGACUGGAAAAGAGUCAGUCCUUUCGAAACAAAAACGAAAGAGAAGUUACGAGCAUUCGCGAGACUAUAGAAAGCAGAAGAAUCGUGACUCUUCCACCUCCCGGACGGGAGCAGUUCGUGAGAUGGUGUUCAGUGAUGGCCAAGUUUUGAUAUGAUUUACCUGAUUCUGAAUAGACGAAGGAGCGGCAGACUGCCAUAGAAAAUCUGUCAGUCGUGUCUUGGUUGACGUAGCCAUAGCCAGUGUAAAAACACUGUGUGAGGAAGAAAGAGAGACAGAAAGAAAGACAGUGAGAAGAACGACUCGCGACCGAGCGCCAUCUCGUGUAAAAAAAGAAAAAACCCUAAUAAUGAUGUGUAUGCUCAGUUUACGCUUUUCAGAAUUUCAUAGUUUCAAACGAUGUCUAAUUUCAUCCAAUGUCAACCCAUUAACCUACCUCAGUCCCAGAACACAUAACCCUGAGUACUGUGGUAACAUACACCGUUAUGUAUGGGCAGCUAAAUUAGGACAGUAAUUCACUAACACCCAUAUAUCGAUCGACAAACUUUUCAGCAAUAAAAUGUCACUCGAUUGGCUUAGUGUCAAAUUUGCUUCUAGAGUCUCGUGCUGAAUAUAUAUAUAUAUAUAUA